UAAGGACUGUUUGUUAUCUUUCUUAGCUUAUAUGUUUGAUAUUAAUAUUUGGUUUGAUUACUUUUUACUUUACUUGAGACUAAAUAUAGCCUUGUAAACAUGUUUAUUACGAAAAGAAAAAGAAAACAAGCAUUUAUCCUGGCCAAUCCUGUAUAGAUGAACAUGUACAUAUACAUGUAAUAUGAGUUACAACCCUCUGGCUAAAAAUAGAUUAAUCAAAGCUUGUUGUUUUUAAAGUCAAAGCUUGCAAGUAAACAUGAAAAUAUUUUUCAUAAUCGAAUAUAGCUGUAUUACGGACCUCCUAUGAAAUUACUACUCUGCAGAGGCUCUCCAUUUCUGUGCAAACAAUGCUAGCGGUUAAGAUUUGAUUGGUUUCUGUCACAUCCACCAUAGCGUGCUGUUGAUCGAAAUGCUGAUGCUAAUGUUGGCUGCUGCAAAACCGCUUCUAAAAAUAGCUCCUCUUCUAUAACAGGAAACUAGUGGGUGGAGCCUAAGUCUGGGCAGGCAGCCAGCCAUUAGCCAAUCAGGAAUCAGGCUUCCUCUCUAUAGCGACUAUCUGCAUGUGUGUGUGCUUGUAUGAGAGUGUAUUGGCAAGUGAAAGUAAGUCGAGGGCUAUGUCAGAUCAGAUGCUUAGCUGGUAUUGGAGAGUGUUAGUAUCAUACAUAGCUUCGUGAUUUUCAAACCAAAAGACAUUAUUUAUACCGUGCCCUGGAUACUUAUUCUGUUACUUGCCAACUAUCGUGGAGUAAUUCACUAUCAUAUUUCCUGCGGAGAAAUAUAUUUCUCAGUGGACUUUCUUUUGGGGUACUUUGAUAAUCUUAAGUGGAUUAUACUGAAGACUUGAUGGAAUACUUUCUUGAGGUUUAAUCAUAUAUAUGAUUCUGAUCCCUUAAUCACUGAACCAGGACCAACUGAACUCAGUUAACCCACUUCUUUUCGGAAGACUGCUGAUGGGAUGAGAGAGUGAGGAAUGACUAGAAAUGAAGCAGUUACAUCUAUCCUCAUCACAGACCAACCUCAGUGAGGAUCAGGCCAUCAUCAUCAUCAUGCAAGAAACAACAGUCACACCCAUUUCCCAUCUCCUCCGCAGUAAUGGCAGCGGCCAGGACAUCGCGACCACGCUCUUUCCAGAAGGUGCUGAUUCUGAGUGGGGUUUCCAGUCUUACAUUGCCCUGGGCAUCAUCUUUAUCCUCAUGACCAUUACCUUCAUUGGCAACAUCCUCAUCAUCGUCUCGGUUGCCAAGUUCAAGAGGCUGCAGAUACCGCCCAACUACAUCUUGAUGAACCUUGCAGUGGCUGACCUAGGUGUGGCCAUCAUGACCCUUAUCCUCUUUGCAUUCAACUUCUUGAGUGAGACGGGAGGGGUACUGUGCUUGUUGCCAUACUGCCUGAUGUCGCUCUUCAGCGGUGUCUCCGUGCUUAGUCUCAGCAUCAUCGCCUAUGACCGCUACUCCGCACUUGUGGAGCCUCUGAAGUACUCUGCACGCAUCACAUCGGUCCACAUUGCCGUUAUUUGCUUACUGGUGUGGAUCUACGUUACCGUCAUAUCCGUCAUCCCUAUGAUAGGAUGGUUCAUUCCUCUCCCAGGUACCAGUAUGGAGAUGCUGUGUUCGCUCAACUUCUACCACAAUUACACAUCCCUUGCCCAGGUCAUAGCCAUCUUCCUACCUGCCUUGGUGUGUAUGUUCUUCUGCUACUGCCGUGUGAUGCUAGUUGCCAGACACCACACCAGAGCUAUUUCAGCUGUCCAGUUCUCCCUGUUCCCUGGUGCCGUCAAAAACUAUAACACAUUUAAAGGAAACAAGUACUGGAAGACACUUGCUCUUAUUCUGGGUGUGUUUACUUUAACCUGGGGUACGUUCAUCACGACGGUGGUGGUUGAAGUCUUCUGUAAAGCGUUUUCUCAAUUCCUGACAAUGCACAACUAUACAGGACUAUUGCUUUUGCUGAAUAGUUGCCUCAAUCCAUGGAUCUAUGCGUUUCGCAAUCAGGACUUCCGAGCAGCAUUCAGGCGAAUUUUAAGGUGCUUUCGGAGGCCGUGCAAAAAGGGAUCGGUACGGUCCAACUCCAAUGCAGUACAUGAGCGAAGGAACUCACGCAUGUCUGUUGCCUUGAGCAGGACAAAUAGUCUCUGUGGAAAUCUUCAGACACUUCAAAUGCUCUAUGAACAAGAGAUGGCUCUCAAAAACAACAAUCAGACAAACUUUAAAGAUGGUGAAGUGGAAACGAGACAAACUUCCCUUGGAAACAGUAAGGCCUCUGUUCAGAUUGAAGAGGAGAAGGAACCACAAGUUCCCAUCACAGAACCUAUCCAAGUUGAGGAAGUUUGAACUUUAGUUAUCAGAUGUGAUUGAUUCAAAAGUGUUUUGUAUUAUCUUUCAGAUCAUCGCAAGAAGAAUACAGGAAGUGCAACUGUCCAGAGGAAAAGAGUUUUUUUGUAAACUAAUCUUACAAGUACAGUACUUGGUGUGCAUUUUAGACAUUUUGAAAGUAAGACUUUGUUCCAUAAGUGAAUUUCAAAAACUUUAAGGUACUGACAGAAAUCAUAGCCUAAAGUACAAUUUUUGUAGUUCCAGAUAUGAGAGAUUAAGAGCAGAAUAACCUACACUUGAUAAGGGAUUUUUUUGGAAAAAUUUAGACGUUCUUGAAUUUUAGAGUGAGGUGAAGUACCGGUAAUAUUUGAACUUAUAAAAAGAUAUCCAACAUGCAAUUUAUAUAUUUUUUUAAAAAUCUGUUGAUAUCUAGAAAAGAAUUGCAGACUUGGUUACAUUAUAAUUGUAAGUUAGAUAUGGUUAAUCACAAGGGCCGAUUAAAUGGGAGAAAAGAAAAUGACAAUUGAAACCUGACUAUUUCUUUGAAGGGACUUGGUAGGAUUUUCAUAUGAUCGGCCACUGUCAAUUAACAAAUGGGGAUGAACCAAGAAUAAGAUCUUCUGCGAGGUGUUGCAUAAAGUGUUGCAUAAGAAAGUUUUGAAAAAACAAGUAAAUGACAAUUAAAACCUGACUAUUACUUUGAAUGGUAUGAAGGAUUGUGAGUGUGGGUUUUAAAGGCACCUUGCUUUUGUAUGAAUGCUUUAUUUAAGGUUUAGCAGGAAAUUUAUUUGGUCAGAGGGUUAUUGAACAGCUGAUUGAGGUUGAUAUAUAUGUACAUUGCAGGUCUUGUGACACGGUGCUAACUUAGGGGUUACCAUUCUUUAUGUUCUGAAACUAGAAUUUUUGUGAUUUUAUUCUUCUCAUGACAUCAUGGAGGUUGUAUUUUUGUAGCAAAAAAAAAUUGUCAUGUGCAAUCUUGUUUUUCAAAUGUUUGUACCAAAGAGAUCAUGUCCAUUUUUGCUAGGGAAAAUUGAUUUAUAGUUGGUUACACAUGUAUCUUCAUUCAUUCAUUCUAUGAUUUGAUGUCAUGUACUAUCUUGUUAAGAUACGUGUACCAACAAAUCUUUUUGAAUCGCAAGGUUAGUAUUUGUAGUGACAGUAAGUGAUGGAAUAGAAAUGAAAGCAUCACAAAGAGAAAGAAAAGUAUUACCGGUAUGUACAUUGAGUACAUCAAGGAAAUAUGAAAUGUGCAAUUUAUACGUUUUCAAUUAGAAGGGGGGAAGGGUAUUGCCGAUCUUUGCCAUCAUUGAACAAAAAGAGGACAGUGUUCAAUAAGAAUAUCAUCAGAGAAUUCAGAGUGCAAAAGCUGUUAUCAUGUUAAAGGAUAUUGACAGCAAAUUUUCUGAAAAAAAUCAUAUACUAAUAUGGCUUUUUAUGCAGGACUACUACAUGUUAUUUAUUUAUUUCGAAAUUGAAAUACACUUCUUUUCUUCUCUCACUUGUAUUUUUACAUAUACAGUGUACAUGUAGUUGUUGACAUAAGAAUGAUACUUCUUUUGCUUGGAAUAUGAUUUUUUUUUUUUUUUAAGGUAAGAUGACAAUGUGUACAUCAAUAUUUUUGAUAGUCUGUUUUUAUAUGCUCAAAUUUGUAAAAUAGAGGUGUAUUUAUUCUUGCAAUGGUGAACUUUUUAUAUUUCAACAACAUCUUUUCGAAGCAUGCAAAUAUUACAUUUGCAUUUUUGUACUACUUGUUCUAUCUCAUGCAUUUAUGUGAAAAAGAAAACAGAUAAAUAAAUGUACUUCGAGGAAAUAUGUGCAAAGAAUCAUUUAUAAUGUCUUCAAUCAAGUAAAAGACAAACAUUCAUAAUUCUAUAUGGUCUUCUGUAGUAUACAAAGGAUUUUCUGUCAGACAUGUACACAGAAAAUAAGUAUGUUGGAAAAUAACAAGGUCUUCAAGGUUUGUUGCUCUUAACGGGUAAUCACUUUUUUGUUCUUUUUCAUUUAUCAUUUUAAAAUUUGUCAAAUUCUAGGCUAAAUCACUUAUCUUCUGGAACUUGGAGCAACUCAUGUCAUGUGAAAAAUCACAUCAUUAUUAUGGUUUAUGGUGUUUUUAUUUUCAGCUUGUCAGUGCACAUAUAUUUGUGCAAUUUCUGUGUUUUUAUUUAUUUUUCUAUUUACUGAUCAUUUCUUAUCUACAGCUCUCAUUGAAAUUGCCAUUGCUUUAUCUUGUUGCAAUUUGUCAAUAAAAGUACAUGAUGCACUAAAACUUA